GAUAAAAAGCAAGCCAAAGGCAGGGAGAGAGAUGACAAAAUCAAAGAACAAGAAGUUCUUAGUAGACGUGGACCCAGGCAUCAAGAGAUGGCGAAAAUCAAAGCAUUGCUAAAGCAGAGGAGAUUGAAAUUGUAUGAGAUUCCUGCUGAUGGUAAUUGCUUGUACACCUCAGUCAGCCACCAGUUGUCCGUUCACAGUUUUCAGAUGUCCACUGAAGAACUGAGACAGAAAACAGCCGAGUACCUCAGAUCACACAGGGAUGAUUUUCUUCCAUUCUUAACCAAUCCUGACAGUGGGGAUAUUCUGACUGCAGAGGAGUUUGAGAAGUACUGUGAUAAAACAGCCAACUCACCGGUGUGGGGAGGACAAGUAGAGUUGAGAGCCUUGUCUGAGAUAUUACAAGUCCCAAUCGAAGUGUUACAAGCAGACACCUCACCUCAGAUUAUUGGAGAAAACAUGCAAGGAAAACCUCUAAUACUUGUUUACCACCGCCAUGUUUAUUUUUUGGGAGAGCAUUACAAUUCCGUCGUUCCUGAUGACCAGAAUGAAGAGACGAAUGAUGUGAAGGCUGAGGACAGUAGCAAAAAGAACGAAGACAGUGAUAACAAUAAGCUAUAA